CAUCAAACGCAAACAAUAAAUAUUUUCAUCAUUAUCUUGACUAAAGUAGAUUAACAAAUUGGUACCUAAUUCGAAACACAAGUAGAUAGUGUAGUGAGAGAAGAUAACAACCUGCAUAAAAUCUGCCAGGGUGAUUUUUUCUUCUUUUUUUUUGUUCAGUUUACGUCAAUGGAAGUUCUUGUAUUUGGAUCAGCAAUUGUAGAUUUCAUUUGCUAUGUCCCCCGUUUACCAAAAGCCGGGGAAACGCUACAUGGAACUUCAUUUGCAACAGGAUUUGGAGGAAAAGGAGCCAAUCAAUGUGUUGCUGCAGCAAAAUUGGGUGCAAAAACUGCUAUCAUUGCAAAAGUUGGUGGCGAUGCCUGGGGAAAAACAUAUCUUGACCAUCUGCAAAAAGAGAACGUAAAUACUGAUCACGUUCAAAUAUGUUCAGAUGAGACAACAGGUAUAGCUCAAAUUUGUGUUGCCGAAGGAGGAGAAAACAAUAUAGUUAUCGUUGCUGGUGCUAAUGAACUUCUCUCAGAGAACGAUGUGAACAAAGCACUUGAUCUCUUCACAGAAUCCAAAGUACUAAUUUGCCAACUGGAAUCAUCAAUAGAAGCAACUAUUGUAGCUCUCAGGGAAUUUAAAGGCAUUUCAAUUUUGAAUGGGGCUCCAGCCUUAGAAAAUACACCAUCAGAACUUCUAGAAUAUUCAAAAAUCUUUUGCGUAAAUGAAACCGAAGCAGCUUUGAUGACGGGCUUUCCUAUAAAUAGUUUAGGAGAUUCUCGAGCAGCACUACUAAGGAUGAUCGAAAUGGGUGCUAACACUGUAAUAAUAACUCUUGGAAAGCAUGGUGCUGUAUAUAUGAAAAAGACCAAUACUCAAGAAAUAGUUCAUAUUCCGGCCCAAAAAAUAGAAAAGGUCAUAGACACAACUGGAGCUGGGGAUUCAUUUAUCGGGGCAUUAGCAUUUUACCUUGCACGCUUUCCUGAUUUUCCUUUACACCAACAAAUUGGUGGCGCAUGUGCAGUUGCAUCAUUUUCAGUUCAAUUCCCAGGAACACAGUCUAGUUUUCCCGAUGCUCAAAAAGUUCACACCGACCUAACCAAUGUGCAAUAUCCAUGGAAAAUACUUUAAAGGUGUAUUAGUUCUAUUGCAAUUAUUAUUCUCCUUUUGAAUGUCACAAUGCAGGAUUAAUUAUAUUGUAUAUAGGUUAAUAAUUUUCGACUUCACAUUAAAAAACUAAUAAAUUAAUCAUAAAAAGUGUCUA